AUGCAUCUAGGGCUCUCCCUAUCCACCCUGCCCAUCUGGGCGACCCUCGCCUCCGCAGUCCUCAACGUCUCCGAGACCGAUAGCAAAAUCACACUCGCCAACGACCGUCUCACGGCGAUCUUCACCAAAGGGAAGGGACGGGUCGAGGACCUCUUCCUUGACGGUCAAGACCUCCUUGGUCCCCAGUCCGGAUCUAGCGGUGUCGGACCCUACUUGGACUGCUACUGUACGCCGUCGGGCUUCUACACGGCCGGAUCCACCAGCCCAGUGCUUGAGCUCGUCAACGGCACCGACUCCACGGGCACCAAGUACGCCGGAGUGAUUCUCAACGACACGUACACCCCCACGGGCCAGCAGUUCCAGCAAUACUGGUUCCUUCGCGAUGGCGAGACGGGUCUGCACAUGUUCAGUCGACUGGCGUACUAUAACGAGACGACGCCUUUCCUGCGCAAUCUGCAGGAGUUCAGGACGCUACUGAGACCGAACACGGAUCUCUGGACACAUCUGACCUCGAGUGAGGUCCAGACUGCUCCGCUUCCCAGCGAUGAGGCGAUUGACAAGCAGAUCGUUGUGCAAGAUGCCACCUGGAGAUUUAAUAAUACUCCUGAGGAUAAGUACUAUUCUCAGUUCUCGGAGUACUUCACAAAAUAUACAUUUUCGAACCAAUGGCGAGAAAAUGAUGUCCACGGAUUAUACGCUGAUGGAUCUACGUCGGACGGAACAACGUAUGGCGCGUGGCUUGUGAUGAACACCAAGGACACAUACUACGGCGGACCGCUACACUCGGACCUUACAGUGGACGGCAUUGUCUACAACUACAUGGUCUCGAACCACCACGGCGAGGGAACGCCCAACAUUACGAACGGCUUCGACCGCACUUUUGGCCCGCAGUACUAUUUCUUCAACGGUGGGAAAGGCUCCGCCUCCAUCGAGGAGCUGCGAUCGGAAGCCAGCGCCCUGGCAGACCCGGACUGGAAUGUCGAAUUCUACGACUCGAUCGCCAAACAUGUCAUCGGAUACGUGCCCUCCAGCCACCGUGGCAGUAUCAAGGGUCGGGUGAAGCUACCCCGUGGGGCCAAGCGACCGAUUGCCAUCCUCACCGUCGCCGGGCAAUACUUCCAGGACAACUCCGUGGAUGCAUCGUCGCACCAAUACUGGGCGGAGAUUGAUCAGAACGGGCGAUUCAAUAUUGAUCACGUCGCUGAAGGCAAGUACCGGCUCACUGUCUACGCCGACGGCAUCUUCGGCGAUUUUAUAAAGGACGGUUUGAAUGUACGCGCCGGAAAAUCGCUGAAGGUCGACGAAACGUGGAAGGAGGAAUCGGCGGGCGUGGAGAUCUGGCGUCUUGGAACGCCGGACAAGUCGUCGGGCGAAUUUCUGCAUGGUGAUGCGCGCGAUAAGUCCCACCCACUCCAGCCCCCCGGGUAUCUGAUCUACUGGGGCGCAUACGACUGGCAAGAGGACUUCCCGAGUGGUGUCAACUACACGAUCGGCAGCAGCGACCCGGCCACUGAUUUCAACACAGUGCAUUGGUCGGUGUUCGGGCCUACACCGGACAACCCCGACGUGGAAUACAACACGACGCACGACUGGACGAUCAACUUCGCCUUAACCAAGCAGCAGCUUCGGCGCCGGAAGACCGCCACGCUGACCAUCCAGCUUGCAGGGGCCAAGACGGCAUCCGGCAACACCGAUGAGUACAAGCCGGAGGAGCCGUACAUUAACUUAGCGCUAGAGAGCUACAUCAAUGAACAGGAGGAACCGCUCACGUUGCUGGUGGACUUCAACCAGUCCAGCAGCUGCAUCGUGCGAUCGGCCGUCAGUUGCUACCAGGUGGCGUCUCGCAUGGAAUUCCCUACGGACUGGUUGCAGGUUGGAGACAACUCGUUAAGACUGCAUCUACCCUAUAACGCCACGGACGUGGAGACGGCGGCCCUACCUAGUACGGUGUACGUGCAGUAUGAUGCGUUGAGGUUGGAGCUGUCGUAG